UUACGCGAUAAUGUAUGAACGUGGAAACUUGCGGCAUCAUUUUCCACGUCUGUCCAUAGUGCAUAGAGGAAUGUGUAAAGCUACUGGUUUGCUGUAACUCGCGGGCUAUAAUUGAAAAAUUUCAAGAUGCCCAUCGAUCUUUACCAACUUGCCGGAAGUGCGCCAUGUCGGGCCGUGCGCUUGGCGGCAGCGGCCAUAGGAGUGGAUAUAAACCUGAAGAACACUGACCUCAUGGCUGGCGAACACCUGAAACCCGAAUUUCUCAAGAUGAAUCCACAACAUACGAUUCCUACUUUGGAUGAUAAUGGUUUAUAUCUGUGGGAAAGCCGCGCGAUUAUGGCUUACCUGGCUAAUCAAUACGGCAAAAAUGAUUCUCUCUAUCCGAAAGAUCCAAAAAAACGAGCCGUCGUUGAUCAAAAGCUGUAUUUCGAUUUGGGAACUCUGUACCAAUCAUUUGCCGACUAUUAUUAUGUAAUGAUAUUUACCGGCGUCACUCCGGAUCAGGCAAAAUACGAUAAGAUGAACAAUGCUUUGGGCUUCUUGGAUAAAUUUUUAGAAGGAGAAAAUUAUGUGGCAGGCAAAACUUUAACUCUGGCUGACCUUACCAUAGUUGUCACUGUUGGUAAUUUUAAGGUCAUGGAUCAUGAUUUGAGCAAAUACAGCAACAUUCUGAGAUGGUAUGACAGGGUCCAGGCCGAAGCUCCGAAAUAUAAUGAAAUCGAAGGUCCUAGUAUGAAGGCAUUCAAAGAUUUCGUUAACAUAAAAAAGAAGUGAUCUUUUUGUCACAAUUGUAUAAUAUUGGUGCUUUUAUUAAUUUGAUAUGCAAUAUCUUUGUAUCUUAGAAAUUUUAAUUUUGCACAAAUAAAUUAUAGUUAUACAAACAAA